AUGAGGGCUGCACGUGUAGUGCGGGUGCCCCGCGUCCAGGUUGCCCCUCAGGCCAACACGCGACUUGUGAGCGGCACAAGCAAUGCCAAAUCGUCCGUCGUCACCAGCAACUUGUUCCAGCAACUGUCACCAUCUUCCAAGUCACCAUCUUCCACAGUGUCGCCACCACACAAGGCGCCCACAGCACCUCUUUCCAAACUUCCCCUAUCAUCGGUCCUGCGGUCCUUGCUGAUCCUCUCCGUGUCCUCUUCUCCUCUUCUGCUUAAACCAUGCAUCUAUACCCUGUCUCUGUUGGCACACCCUCGCUCGGCGCUGUGGGAUGUAUCGAAGAACCCACUGUUGAACUUGCUUGUCAAGCAUACUAUUUAUAAGCAGUUCAAUGCAGGUGAGAACAAGAUCGAGGUCCAGCGGUCCAUCCAGAACAUCAAGGAUCUGGGAUGCCGUGGUGUGCUUCUGGGCUAUGCGCGUGAGGUCCUGGUUGGCGAGAACCAGGAUGCGCCUUAUGAUGAACAGGCUGCUCUGGCGGAGGUUGAGAUGUGGUUGGAUGGUACUCUCCGCACGGUUGAUAUGGCCCAGAAGGGAGACUUCGUCGCUCUGAAGUUCACCGGAAUGGGCACCGAUGCUCUUCGCCUGUUGCAGAAGGAAGCGCCUCCUUCUGCGUUCAUGGAUACCUCGAUUCAGAAAGUGUGCGACUUGGCGAUUUCCCGUGGUGUGCGUCUGCUCGUGGAUGCCGAGGAGCAGGCCGUGCAGCCCGGUAUCGAAGCUUGGAUUAUGAAGUACCAGAAGUACUGCAACUCGCAGACACCGGGUCGCGCCAUCUUCUAUGGUACAUAUCAGGCAUACCUUCGGUCUACACCUGCCACUCUGGCCCGCCACCUGGAGACCGCUCGCCAGGAGGGAUACACUCUGGGCGUGAAGCUUGUCCGUGGUGCUUACAUGAAGACCGAGCCUCGUCACUUGAUCUGGGACGAAAAGGAGGACACUGAUCGUUGCUACGAUGAGGUUGUUGAGAGUCUCCUGACUCGCAAGUACAACUCCAUGCUUCAGCGUCCCUCGAAUGACACGCCCGCUGAAUUGCCCCCGGUCAAUGUCAUCAUCGCCACUCACAACCGCGAGUCGGUGCGCAAGGCCCACGCCAUCCGCGUCCAGCAAGCUGCUAAGGGCGAGGACUAUGGCGUCGACCUCAGCUAUGCGCAGCUCCAAGGCAUGGCCGAUGAAGUCAGCUGCGAGCUGCUCCAAGGCUUUGAGAGUGCCGAGGCCGAUGUUGGCACUACACCCAUGGCGGCUCCGAAUGUCUUCAAGCUGCUGACCUGGGGCUCCGUCCAGGAGUGCAUGGGCUUCCUACUGCGUCGCGCUGUCGAGAACACCGAGGCUGUUAGCCGCACGAAGGACUCUCAGAUCGCCAUGAUUAGCGAACUGAAGCGCCGCUGCCGCAACGUCUUUGGAGGCAGCAGCUAG